UUGAAUUGAAAAGUUUUACGUGUGAGCUCGUAGGUAAUAUUAUUUAUUAAAGUAAUUGUGAAUUAAAGAAAAAUCCGGCAAAAUGGCUGAAGCAAUUGAAGAGCUCGAAGUAGACGAACUGGAACAACUUUUGUUGGAUGCCUACGAGGAUAAUACAGAUGAGGAAAAUAGCAGUGCCGUUCCGAGAAGCGGCGGCCCAGUGGACACCCCGAAACCGAAACUGACCACAGAGGGUUCCAGCUUUCUGCUGGGUGAUACAGAAAACACGGCUAGUGGUUCAUCAAACCGUGCCGCGCCGGAAACUGAUGAUUCGGUGGCCGCUAUGAUCCGGGAUGCGGACGUUGAUUCAUCGGACGACGAAGAGACGAGAAACUUCUUCGAGCGCAAAUAUAACCAAUACGGGCGUCAGAUAAACGAUCUUCUCAAGUCGAAAGAAGAGGAAAAAUCCGAUCAAGCCCUAUCGAAGUGGGUUGAUAACAAGCUGAGGCAAAUUAAUCGUGCCACUGCCCAGCCACCCGCUCCAGUGCGAUCCCCGGAGGAGGAGGGAAAGAAGACGUUAGCAGUGGCCAAACCGUCCGUGCCCGUUAGUCCCGGAGGAGCUGCCAGGAAAGAUUUACCGGCUAAUAAAAUCCCGGCAGUUUUCGAAGCGACCGUACACACUGAUCCAAUCUUUGGUAUGCGUAUCGUGCACCCGCUGGUGUCGAGCCAGAUGCUUCAGGAGCAUAUGAAGGAAAAGAAAGCGGUCCCAUUUGUGCGAUUACGGAACUUUGUCGAAACAGCCGAUCUCGAGCAGGAUUGGGUGAUCGGAGGAGUUCUUGUAAGCAAAAGUCCAACGAAAACCACAUCGAAGGGAAAGCAGUUUGCCAUCUGGAAGUUGAGUGAUCUGCACGGCGACAUCAAGAUGGUGACCCUGUUUUUGUUCGGGUCGGCCUACAAAGACCUUUGGAAAACUGCCGACGGAACGGUGGUGGCCGUGCUGAAUCCAAACGUCCUGAACGGGAACAAUGAGAAAAACUCGGAGGCCACUUUAUCGAUCGACCGGGCAACGAAAGUUAUGAUAUUGGGACAGUCACGCGAUCUUGGCAAAUGUCGCAGUCGCAAGAAGAAUGGAGAUCGCUGUACGGCCAUCGUUAACCUGGGCAAGUGUGAGUAUUGCGUGUACCACAUUAAGCAGGAGUACGGUAAAGCUUGCAACCGUGGCGGGAUCCUUACGUCCACCGGAGGACAAGGGUUGAAUGGGCUGCGCAACAAGGUGCUCGGCAAGAACGAGGUUUUCUACGCGGGGCAAAGUUUUAGCGCGAUCAAGGCUGUAAAGCAUCCGAAGCAGAUGGAAAAGGAUCGUAAUCGGAUGCUAACGUUGUCCGAUUACUAUCGAUCUCCGUUUGAAGGAAGUGGUGGAGGAAGCGAAACUGGUACAGUGGCCUCAAGUCCAUCUUCUGUUCCUUCCUACCGAAGAACUGGAUCCGGACCAACGGGAUCUAGCGUGACACCGAAAGGAUCCGCAGCAAGAGUAGAAGUGAAUGUUGAUCAGCGAAAGAAGGAUAUGGAAAGAUUGCAAAGUCUCGGUGUAUCGUUGGAAUCAUUUAAAGCUGGUCAACAGUCCGUCUCUUCGCCACGCACACAAACUACACAACAAGCCGCUAGUUUGGGGGCAGUGAGUCAGACUCCAGCAUCCAGCACCAGUACACCGGCAAAUCCUCUCGCAAAUCGAAAGUUUAGCCUCGAAUCCGUGCCCCGGUUGAGUCGGACUUCGUUCGACAUUGAAUUCACCAAGCAGAUGCCUACGUUGAAAGCGUUACAGUCGCGUGCCCGUGCUACCGCGAUUUUGAAAGAAAAACCGGCUGAAAAGUCCAACCCAAAUUUCAUCAAGUACCGCGGCACGGAACAGGGUAAGAAGCGAGUAUUGGAGGAGGUUGCUAAAAACGCCCCAUUAUCGGAGGAAAAUGCCGCCAAGCGGCAGAAAGUAGAUAAGGCGGUGGAGGACGAAGCGGAACGUGCCCGGAAGGAGCACAUGAAACGCAUCAUCGAAGCGACCUCGUCCCACCAGGAUCUCGUGGUGGCGAGGGAGAACGAACAGCAGGAGGAAUACUUCAAGACGCUCGAGCGCAAGGAAGCGAUGGAAGAGAAGAUGCUCAAUACGUUCAAGGUGGCGUGCAAGGCGGUCAGCUGCCGGCAGUGCAAGUACAUUGCGUUUUCCGCCGCGGAUCGUUGCAAGUCCGAGGGCCAUCAGCUGCGGGUGCACGAUGCCGAAAAGCGCUUCUUCCGGUGCGCCGACUGUGGUGGACGAACGGUCAGCUUGUUCCGGAUACCGAAGGUAAGCUGUAAGGCGUGCCAGGGUUCACGAUGGGAGCGGUGCGCCAUGAUGCGCGAGAAACGAGGUGUUCAGAUUGGCGAUGUCCUGUCCAUUCGGGGCGAUGAGGAGAAGUACUUGGGUAGUUUGGCCGGGGCUAGUGCAAGUUUGAACUUGCUUAUGCCGGAGGAAAAUUGAUCUGCAAGCUCACAUUGUUCACAUUUAGCACAAAUUUAUCAUAAAUUCUGAUAAUGAGGUUACGUUUGAGAAAAAAUAUAAAUGUUUCAUAAUAAAUAACAGUCCCCGCGCGUUCGGAUUACAUUACGAAUACGAUUCUUUAUUGUUUGACCUGUUUUUGCCAAAGUUCUGUAAUAUAAAUGUAUACAAAAUGUGA